AUGAGGCAGAAUUACGCGAACAACCCGCAGACAGUGGAUGGUGUCACUGUGGGAAUUGUAGAAGCGCCACAGACACUGAAGGGAAUCCCUUCCAACCUCGAUCGGGUCCGUCGCGCCGCCCUGAUCUCUCAUCCUGAGCUCCCUCAUGCGACGAGGGCAGUGUCCACAGAGCGGCCCCAGGGAGGCGACACUGCUGCAAACAACAGGACAGUGCUCCAGCAGCAUGUCGACUUUUUCGAUCGAGACAAAGAUGGCAAGAUAUUCCCAAGGGACACCUAUGUGGGCUUCCGCCGGAUGGGCUUUAAUGUCCUGCUGUCAGCCUAUGCUGUGCUUGUGAUCCACAGCACACUCGCGUACCCGACCCACAACCACUGGAUCCCAGAUCCCCGCCUGCCCAUCAUCACAGGCAAUAUCCACAAAUGCCACCAUGGCUCCGACUCCAUGGUCUAUGACAAGGAGGGCCGCUUCAUGCCGGAGAAGUUUGAGGAGAUUUUUGCCAAGUACGAUCGCGACAACAAGGGCGGCCUGUCCCUCAGGGACAUCUUCAAUCUGUGGAACAACCAUCGCGACGCCUAUGAUCUGUUUGGCUGGUCUGCGGAGUUCCUGGAGUGGCUGGCUCUCUACCUCGCUGCCCACAAUGAGAAGGGUGUUGUGCCCAAGGAAGCAGUGCGUGGCCAGUAUGAUGGAUCCCUGUUCUACCAGCUGGCACGCAAACAGGAGGCCAAGGAGGCUGCAAAGAAGGAUACAAGGGAGAAGCGCAAAUGA